AUGGGUUGCUCUGCUACUGAUCAUAACUCAGAGACUAAGGAUGGAGAAACCAAUCGUCCCUUGGCCAACUUUUCCCCGGACAUAUGGGGUGAUCGUUUCCUCACUCUUUCCUUUCAUCCCUCGGAACUUGAAUCAUGCUCAAGGCAAGUUGAAGUGCUGAAAGAAACGGUGAAGGAUAUGUUAAUAGCUUCUACAGCCGAUCCAAUACACAAUAUUUUCUUGAUAAAUACCCUAUGCCGCCUAGGAGUAUCGCACCACUUCGAGAGUGAAAUACACAAGCAAUUAACUCUCCGUUUUGAUACGCUGUGCCAACUCACUGACAACAACGAUUAUGAACUGCACACCAUUACCGUCAUAUUUCAAGUCUUUAGAUUCCAUGGCUAUAAUAUGUCUUCUGAUGUUUUUAAUAAGUUCAAGCACGGGAAUGGUGAGUUCAAAGUUAGUGAUACGAAAGGGAUGAUAAGCUUAUAUGAAGCCACCCAAUUCAGAACAAAUGGGGAACUUGUUCUUGAUGAUGCUUUUGCUUUCACAACAUCGAAAUUGACGUCCAUGAAGAGCCAAUUAUCAAGUCCACACUAUGCUGAAUACAUCGUAAAUGCCCUCAACCACCCCUACCACAAAAGCAUGCCGAGGCUUGAGGCAAGAAAAUACAUAUGCUUUUACGAAAAGGAAGACGAUGCAAGGAACGAAACGCUUCUUAAGUUUGCUAAAUAUGAUUUCAAUCGGAUCCAAAUGAUUCUUCAACAGGAACUAAGCAACCUUUGCCGUUGGUGGAAAGAAGAAAACAUGGAAUCAAGGUUUCCGUGUAUAAGACAUAGACUCGUGGAGAACUUCUUCGUGGCUGUCGGGUUUUAUUUCGAACCACGUUUCGCACGUGCUCGGAGCAUAGAUGUUAAACUGUUGUCAAUCUUAGGGCUCAUCGAUGACACCUACGAUGCCUAUGGUACUUAUGAAGAACUCCAAUGUUUCACCGACGCAAUACAAAGAUUCGAUAUUAGCGCCAUGGAUCAACUUCCAACGGAUCACUUGAAGUUAGUUUACGAAUGUGUCUUGAAAGUUCUCGAUGAAGUAGAGAAGCAGGUGAGAAAAGAAGGGAGAUCUUAUGCCGUUUCCUACAUUAGAAAUGAGAGAGAGAGUUUGAGGUUUGUUGUUGAACCCUUGCUUAGCAUUAAUGCAUCGAAAUAUUUUUCUUACGGAGCAAAGGAUGAAGAGAAAAGGGGAGUUGUUUGUGGAACCAAUUGUUACGUGAAACAAUAUGGUGGUACAAGACAGGAAGCCGUGGAAGCUUUCAAGGAAAUGAUUGAGGCUGCCUGGAAAGACAUGAAUGAAGCUUGUCUGGACCCAAUAAUGCCCGUCUCCAAUCCAACUGUGAUGCGAGUUAUUAAUUGUGCACGUUUGUUGGAGAAUGUUUACGAGGAUAACAAUGGAUUUUCAAUGCCCGAAUUAUCCUUGAAACAUCACAUCGCCAACUUGCUACUUCAUCCCUUACCCCUUUAA